AUGCAUCUUGGCCAAGUUAUGGACACAACACUUCAUCGAUCCUUAACCAUCAGUCAAAUUUCCCGGCUCAUCUUUUCUUCUCGAAUAAUCAGCUCGAUCGAUAUUGGUAUGGCAGCUGGAGAGGGCAAGCUGAGUGCGGAAGCCAACCUUAGUUCCGAUACUACCAUGAGCACCAAGGAUUACCUGGACCCUCCUCCGACGCCGCUGCUGGACGCCGGCGAGCUGGGCAAGUGGUCCUUGUACCGGGCCACCAUUGCCGAGUUCACCGCCACCCUCCUCUUCGUCUACGUCGCCGUGGCCACCGUAAUCGGCCACAAGCGCCAGACCGACGCCGAAGCGUGCAGCGGCACCGGCGUGCUGGGCAUCGCGUGGGCCUUCGGCGGCAUGAUCGCCGUCCUCGUCUACUGCACCGCCGGCAUCUCCGGCGGCCACAUCAACCCCGCGGUCACCUUCGGGCUGCUGUUGGCGAGGAAGGUCUCGCUUCCCAGAGCCUUCCUCUACAUGGCGGCGCAGUGCCUCGGCGCCAUCUGCGGCGCCGCCAUGGUCAGGGCCGUGCACGGCGCGCACCACUACGCGCUCUACGGCGGCGGCGCCAACGAGGUCGCGCCGGGGUACUCCAAGGCGGGGGCACUGCUGGCCGAGGCCGCCGGCACAUUCGUUCUCGUGUACACCGUGUUCUCGGCGACCGACCCGAAGCGCAUGGCGAGGGACUCCCACGUGCCGGUGCUGGCGCCGCUGCUCAUCGGCUUCGCCGUGCUGAUGGCGCACCUGGCCACCAUCCCCGUCACCGGCACCGGGAUCAACCCGGCGAGGAGCCUUGGGGCCGCCGUGGUGUACAAUGGGAAGAAGGCGUGGGCCGAUCAGUGGAUCUUCUGGGUCGGGCCUUUGGCGGGCGCCACCGUCGCCAUGGCCUACCACCAGUACGUCCUCAGGAACUGCGCCGCCAAGCACUCCUUCGGCUCCAACCACCACGACGUCCAAGCCUAG